CCGUUGCUGACCAGAACCGAUGGAAAGGAUCAACUCCAAGCUCUAUUUGCAGAACUGUUACAUAAUGAAAGAGAACGAAAGGCUGCGGAAGAAGGCCGAGCUUCUCAACCAGGAGAACCAGGCUCUCUUGUCUGAGCUGAAGCAGAAGCUGGCCAAAUCCAAUGCCAACUCCAACUCCAGUCCCAACCCCAGCCGUAUCCCGGACCUUAACGCCACCCCCUCGGGCACCAACACUCCUGACGCAAGCAAGCCUUGAUCUAGUGGAAAUGUAUUACUGGGGACUUUUUGGAUGGUUUUGUGUGAUAGCUUAAAAAUGUAUGCUGUUGGAUCUCUUUUGCCACAGAGCAG